GCGGAGUUUCCGUCACCAGUUGACCUACCGAACUCAGCUGUCAUCUGUGUGAACAUAGGAAAGAUGGCAGGGAACGACUCUUAUACUAUAGUGGAAUAUUUUGGUGGAGAUGAUGGCUACCGCUGCGGCUACUGCAAAAACGAAAAGGGAAACUUCUCUCAUGGAAUGUGGUCUCAUACUAUGACCGUACAGGACUACCAAGAUUUAAUUGAUCGAGGAUGGAGAAGAAGUGGGAAAUAUGUUUAUAAGCCCAUAAUGAAGAAGACAUGCUGUCCUCAGUAUACCAUCAGAUGUCAUGCAAUGAAAUUCCAGCCUUCCAGAUCUCACAAGAAAAUCCUGAAGAAAAUGAACAAAUUUAUUUCAAAUGGGGAAUUGCCAUCAGUACAGGAAGAUGGGGAGCCAAUGGACUCUGUUUGUGAAGAGACUGGUCCGGGGAAACCGACUAAAGUCUGUCAGUCCGAUGUAAAACAUAUUGCUAUCGCAGACAUUUCACAGGAAGUGCCAAACUGUCCCGUUGUUGCAGAAGUUCAGAAAAACUUGGUGGAUUCUACAGCUUCAGGCUCAGAAAAUUCACAGAAUGUUUUAGCUUCCGUCUCAGAUGGAGGAACAACUGCCAAAGCUCCUAAACCAGGGUUGGGAGCAGAUCCUAGAAGGCCGUCCUGCAGAAAGGCCAAAGACUUAAGAAGGGAGCGGCGUCUUCAGAAAGACCAGAUCAGACAACAUGCUGAUGGAACCUCACCUACAAAACCUGCCCAUGCCAACCAGCACAAAACACUGGAGGGAUUCAUGAGCGAGUCUUUAGACGACAGCUCCUCGCAUUGCCUGGAGGUGAGGCUAGUGCGCUCCAGGCCCCCUAGCCCGCAGUUCAAAGCCUCUUUUGACGCCUCCUACCAGGUGUACAAACUCUACCAGAUGGCCAUUCACAAGGAUCCUCCUGACAAACCCUCCGAGAGCCAGGUGAGGCUAGUGCCGGUGAACUUUGAGGACCCCCAGUUCAUGGCGUCCUAUCAACGAUCAGUGGCGCUGUACGCCCGCUACCAGAUGGCCAUUCAUGGUGAUGACCCAAGCGAAUGUAGUGAGACUGAGUUCCGGAGAUUCCUUUGUGAUUCACCACUAGAGGCGGAACACUCUCCAGAUGGACCAGAGAUGGGAUACGGCUCUUUCCACCAGCAGUACUGGCUGGAUGGACGCAUUGUGGCCGUGGGAGUGAUUGACAUCUUACCAACAUGUGUGUCUUCUGUCUAUCUGUACUACCACCCAGACUUUGCAUCGCUCUCUUUAGGGUCCUACUCUGCUCUCAGGGAGAUUGCUUUCACCAGGCAGCUGCAGAAACAGUCCCCCAAGCUGUGCUACUACUACCUGGGCUUUUACAUUCACUCCUGCCCCAAGAUGCGUUAUAAGGGACAGUAUCGGCCCGCUGACCUCCUCUGCCCAGAAACCUACGUUUGGGUAUCGAUAGAGCGAUGCAUACCCCUGCUCGACAGCUCCCGCUAUGCUCGUUUACAUCAGGACCCUGAUGCAGGAGACGCUCGAGUGGUUAAGGAUAUAGGCAGAACUCUGGUGCUGCACAAGCGGACCGUCAUGCCCUACACCAUCUACAGCCGCAAACGUAAAGGCCCCAGCGACGAGGCCGAGGUACAGCAGUACGCCAGCUUGGUCGGUCAGGACUGCGUGGAAAGGAUCUUACUCUACCGCUCCUGAAAACGCAGUGGCGUACCACUACCCUAUUUUAACAUGCGUACAAAUACACAUCGCCCAGAAGUAUCAUCUGUUUUCCUUUGCCUCUAAAAGUGCUCUCUGCUGCAGCCACACUCUGCCUACUUCAACACAUGCAGCAACACUGCACCUGCUGAGCAUCAUCUACUGUGUGCAGGUACCUAGUCAUAAAUAAAAAUAUCACUGAAAAGCUAAUUAAUUUCAAUAUUUUAAUCAGAAGAUGAUACUUUGCACACAGAGUGAUAUAUUCCAGGACUUUAUUCUUGAGGAUUGUGGCUUAAAGAUAACUAAAACUCAACACUAAUUUUCUCAGAACAUAAGAAUAUUACAUAUGACCAAAAACAAUAUUUCAGUGGCGAGGGUUCCUAUAAAGUUUUAAAAAGUAUGGCGUUCGAUCAUUUUCCCUGUCCAAGUAUGCACUAAAGAAAAAGUGUUGAAAAAUGUUUGAGUUCCCAGACAUUUUCUGUUUUGUUAUUAUUCAUAUGUAAAUUAAUAUAAAUGUAUCUAUAUUUUGCCGCAUAAAAACGUGACUUAAAAAUUUUAGCCAUCAGUACUGACAGCAUGCUCAUACAAAAAAAUAACCUAAAAGGGCCAUUUCACAGUUUUUAUUGACCUGUAGCUGAACGUAAUCCAAGGGGAGUCAGACACGAAGUAUUUCAACUAUUUUCAAAGAGAACAAAGUAAUAAAAGGUCACAAACCGUGCUCUGUGUCAAAUUCACCUUCUGCCUUGUGUUGUUUCCUUAUUUGUGAAACAUACAGAUCAUUUCAAGAUAAAAUGUUUUUACGUUUAAAUUUCAAGAAUGCUAAAAAAAAAUAAAAAUUGGAAAAAUCUGAGAAUGUCAGUCUGGAAAAGUAUGAAGGUUUGAGUUGAAAAAUGUUUAGGAACCUUAAAUACAAACAUUUUAUAAUAUAUGCACUCAUUACUUUAUCCAUGCUUCUUUUACAUGAAUUACUGCAUCAAUGCAGCGUUGCAUGGAGGCAAUCAGUCCGAAGUGUGACAAAGCUCAGGUUGCUUUUACAUCAGCUUUCAGGUUGUAUUUCUUUCCCCAUCUAAUACCUAAUGCUUGUGCACUUCUUUUCUACCAUACUUUUUCCUUCCUCUCAACUUUUCAUUCUAAAGCUUGCAAACAGGACUGCAGCUUCUGUGACAAUGACCAUUUGUUCUGUGGAGGGUGUCAGUAACUGUCACUCUUCAAAUGUUUUGUAACUGAAUUUUCUUUAUCUAUACCCCAUAGUCAUCAAAAUGAAUGAAAUUACUGAAAUAAAUUACAUAAUAAAUUACCUGGUUUGUUUUUUCUUGCAUCCUUCCUCUGACUUGCUGCAGGGACCAGUCGACUGAAUGUGGCUUUCAGACGAUAACCCAUCAGCUAGAAUGUUUUGUUUUUAAACCAUCCUUAUAUUUUAUGUUGAACUUUCUAAGUUGCAAACCAGGAUCAGUUGGAAACUGAGAUUUAUUUGAACCUAAUUAUAGUUUGUGACUUCAUUGCUUUCUUAAUGAUUGGUUCUGUUUGAAUGUUGAUUGUUUUUUUUUUCACAAUGGAUUUAAUUUGCUUAUCUUAAAAAAAAAACAAAGAAAAAUAUAAUGGAUCUAAUAUUAAACCCCAAUGAUGUAAUGAUUUAAAUGUGCACAGAGAUGCUGUAAACCAUUAUUUUAAGUAUAAUUUGUUUUUCUUUAUAUAGUCUCUGUGUUCUUUUUUGUUUUUGAACUAAAUAAACAGAUUGCAUACUCUCCAGUA